UCCAUGAUGAAGCUUGCUGGCGCGUUCACGAUUCUCUCUGCCGUCUUCGUUGCGGCAGCACCGACGCCACAGGAUGAUGAGCCUACCGCAGUAUUCGGCAUCUCAUUCACCUUCGAAAACGGCACCUUCACCGAUGUUUUCGACGUACCUGAGACGCUCUCAGGGUACCCCCUCGCCAGCAACGGCAUCGUGACCAACGUCUUCAUCUACCCACCGCCAGGCCAGCCCGCACGCUGCGCAUUCCUAGAGCCCGAACCCAGUAGACAGGGUCUCGGGGCCUGGGUAAUUGCCCGCGCGACGACCAUCGCCCUCGAUCCUCCGGGAGAGGUUGGCUUCGUGCAGUGCAACAGGGCCUAGGACGGCUUGGCACCACCGAUAGAGCCGGACGAUAUGGACGAGAUGAGGAGCCACAAGGGGGAGAUACGGAUACGCAGAAGAGGGAGACACACACGAGAACGGAGCCUAAAUUGCUGCUUCCUUCCCGAAAGAGACUGAGAGACAACGAUAGAUAGCGAUGGGCC